CAGGACGACAAGGCGGGCGCGCUGGCCGCGCUGCUGCUGCAGCUCAAGCUCGAGCUGCCGUUCGACCGCGUGGUCACGAUCGGCACCGUGCUCGUCCCCAUCCUGCUGGUCACCCUGGUCUUCACCAAGAACUUCGCAGCUCAGACGUCUGAACUGAGUCGAGUGGGGCCAAAUCAAGGUGUCAGCAGGGCCACGUCCCUUCCGGAGGCUCCCGGAGAGCCCAGCUCCUGGAGGCACCCACAUCCCUUGGCUCCUGGCCCUUCCUCCACCCUCAAGGCCAGCAGAGCGGUGUCUUCUCUUCUCUCCGACCUCCGUCUCCAUCCUCACAUCUCUCUCUGACUCUGACAGCCCUGCCUCCCUCUUACAAGGACCCCUGUGAUUACACCAGCCCACACAGAUAACCCGGACUCAUCGCCCCAACACGAGCCCUACCCUAAUCCCACCUGCACAGUCUGUGCAAAGUAGCCUGGUCGCAGGGUCUGGGGAGCCCACUGCAGCACGCGACCUGGAGAGGAACCCAUUUACUGCUACACCCCUCACAACUUCACCCGCGACCAGGCGCUGUACGCCCGCGGCUACUGCUGGACGGAGCUGCGGGACGCGCUGCCCGGCGUGGACGCCAGCCUGUGGCCGUCGCUGUUUGAGCACAAGCUGCUGCCCUACUCGCUGCUGGCCUUCGCGGCCAUCAUGUACGUGCCGGCGCUGGGCUGGGAGUUCCUGGCCUCCACCCGCCUCACGUCGGAGCUCAACUUCCUGCUGCAGGAGAUCGACAACUGCUACCACCGCGCGGCCGAGGGCCGCGCCCCCAAGAUCGAGAAGCAGAUCCAGUCCAAGGGGCCCGGCAUCACAGAGCGCGAGAAGCGCGAGAUCAUCGAGAACGCCGAGAAGGAAAAGAGCCCGGAGCAGAACCUGUUCGAGAAGUACCUGGAGCGCCGCGGCCGCAGCAACUUCCUGGCCAAGCUGUACCUGGCGCGGCACCUGCUCAUCCUGCUGCUCAGCGUGGCGCCCAUCUCCUACCUGUGCACCUACUAUGCCACGCAGAAGCAGAACGAGUUCACGUGCGCGCUGGGUGCGCCCCCGGACGGGCCUGCGGGCGGCGGGGGCGCGGCUGUGCGCGUGAGCUGCAAGCUGCCGUCUGUGCAGCUGCAGCGCCUGGUGGCGGGCGUGGACAUCGUGCUGCUCUGCUCCAUGAACCUCAUCAUCCUCGUCAAUCUCAUCCACCUGUUCAUCUUCCGCAAGAGCAACUUCAUCUUCGACAAGCUGCACAAGGUGGGCAUCAAGACGCGGCGGCAGUGGCGCCGCUCCCAGUUCUGCGACAUCAACAUCCUCGCCAUGUUCUGCAACGAGAACCGCGACCACAUCAAGUCUCUCAACCGGCUAGAUUUCAUCACUAACGAGAGCGACCUCAUGUAUGACAACGUGGUGCGCCAGCUGCUGGCCGCGCUGGCGCAGUCCAACCACGACGCCACGCCCACCGUGCGCGACGCGGGUGUGCAGACCGUGGACCCCAGCGCCAACCCCGCCGAGCCCGAGGGCGCCGCCGAGCCGCCUGUCGUGAAGAGGCCCCGCAAGAAGAUGAAGUGGAUCCCCACCAGCAACCCGCUGCCCCAGCCUUUCAAGGAGCCGCUGGCCAUCAUGCGCGUGGAGAAUAGCAAGGCCGACAAGCCCAAGCCCGUGCGCCGCAAGACGGCCACGGACACGCUGAUCGCGCCGCUGCUGGACGCGGGCGCGCGGGCGGCGCACCACUACAAGGGCGGCGGCGACGCGGCGCCCGGCCCGCCCACGGCCUCCGACAAGAAGCACACCCGCCACUUCUCCCUGGACGUGCACCCCUACAUCCUGGGCACCAAGAAGGCCAAGCCCGAGGCCGUUCCCGCCGCCCUGCCCGCCUCCCGCAGCCAGGAAGGGGGCUUCCUGUCCCAGGCAGAGGAGUGCGGGCUGGGUCUGGCCGCUGCACCCACCAAAGACGCUCCGUUGCCUGAGAAGGAAAUCCUGUACCCAGCAGAGCCGGCCCGGGCCACACUUCCCUCGGGAGGCCCAUUUCACGUCUGCUCGCCCCCCGCAGGCCCUGCUACGGCCCCCCUGUCACCAGCCAGCCUGGGCAAGACUGAGCCCCUCAGCAUCCUGAGCCGCAAUGCCACCCACCCGCUGCUGCACAUCAGCACGCUGUACGAGGCCCGGGAGGAGGAGGAUGGGGGACCCCGGGCGCCCCCGGACGUGGGCAGUCUCAUCACCAUCCCCCCACCCCAGCAGAUUCUCAUUGCCACCUUCGACGAGCCCAGGACAGUGGUGAGCACUGUGGAGUUCUGAGGGGACAGCUGCCUGGGCCACCGCAGGCCCCUCUGCAUGAGCGCAGGAAACCAGCCCCUAGCCCUGUGUGGACGCGGCCUCUGCUUUGCCAGCACUGCCCGCCCCUCGCCUCCCACCCGCAUGCCUUGGGCUCACGCCUCUCCCACCUGCCCCGUGGCGUCCUCGGGCGCUGAUUGGGCGGGGGGGGGGGGCUGGCCGCGACCCCAGGGAGCCUCCUCCACCCUGCACCAGGCGCUUGGCUGUGAGAUGAAGAGUUUAUUUUUUUAGUCAAUUUUCUCUUUGGCCCAGGAUGCUGGCCUGUGAGGGAAUGGUCUGUGGGAAGACAGCGUGGGUCCCAGGCCUUGAAGGACACUGGGGAUGGUGACACGCUGGGCCUGGGCACGCCCAAGAGGGCAUGCUCAUGGCUCGCCCCAGUCAGGGGCCGGGGCCCACCUCGGGUCACAGAUAUACACGCACUUUCUCCUUGUACCCCGACAUACCUGUACUUUAUUUUACUAUGGUUACUGUAACUAGCGAGUAUAUUUAUUAUCAGGAGAUUUAGGGUGCAUUUAAAACAAUGGAUGGUGUGUGUGUGUGUGCGUGCGUGCAAGUGAGUGGCACGAGGGGGAGGGCACCAGUGUGCAAGUGGAUGUGUGUGUGAGCGUGCGAGCAUGUGCGUGUGCACCCGCGUGUGUGUGAGCAGGCCCAGGGGUGAGCGAGUGCGUGUGAGACUAGGCGUGGGCGCCGGCGUGUGAGCGAGGAAGGAGUCCAACGCAAUAACCACGUCCCCCACCCGGGCCAUCAGCCCCCUGGCCCCAGGGCCCACGCCGCAUCCCGUGGGAGCCCAGGGCCGGUGUCGGCGGGCCUGUCCCUAUUACCUCAGCCACGGCGACAACGUGACAGUAUUAACAAGGUAGCACCGAGCAUAUCAAUAAAUAUUAUUCUGAUACC